CGUCUGACGUUUCUCCAGUAACCUCCAGCCCACAUGCAUGUUUGUGGUGCUGAAUUUAAACAGACGGGAUUGUUUCGCGAGACGUAAAUUGUCAUUUGUUCGGAUCAGAAUGAAACAUUUUGAAUGGCUCGUUUCCACUUAAAAUUCAAGUACGAGGGACGUUAGUGUGAAGCACCGUCUGUGAAGUUCGGACAACCAACAAGGGAUAUGUAACCGAAAUAUGACGUUUUUUGUUUGUUGCAAACCUGCCUUGUUUUAAAUGAUCUGCGUUGAUGAAUAUGAAUGCCGUAUCCUUAAAACAUUAAGGUAGGCUACAUGUUUAGACCAGAAUACGCUUUUUGAUAGGUCUUGUCCAUCAACAUGUGGCACUUUGAAGGUCCGUAGACAUUAUGAUGAAUCAAGAAGCAACUACUGAAAGGAUAAUGUGUAAUAAUUCACACUAAUAUGAAAACACCUUAUUGUUAUAAUGGAUGAGAAAUCCAAUAAGCUGAUCUUAGUUCCUAUUUUAGCUGUUCUUUUUGUAAUGAUAGGCUAUCAAUAUAUCUGUCCAGCUGGCAGCAAUUCUUGCCACUUUAAUACCGGGGAAAAAUUGAGAGGGGCCAGUCUACUUUCUACCCAAUAUCGGACAAACGAAGACUUUUACACAGAACUGGAGGAUGACAGCCCACCGAAAUUGCCGUCAAAAUUCAACUUUACUGAACGAGACCUUCAGCGGCACGUGGAUUUCAAUAUCAAAGGAGACGAUGUGAUAGUGUUUUUACACAUUCAAAAGACUGGUGGAACCACGUUUGGAAGGCACUUAGUUAGGAAUAUUCGUUUGGAGCAGCCAUGCGACUGUAAGUCAGGGCAGAAGAAAUGUACAUGCCACCGACCAGGCAAAGACGAGUCCUGGCUGUUCUCUCGGUUCUCUACGGGCUGGAGCUGUGGUUUGCAUGCCGACUGGACAGAGCUCACCAACUGUGUACCUGUCAUAAUGGACAAGAAGAAAGCUCAAAAGAACAAAAGGAACUUCUACUACAUAACCAUGCUGCGUGACCCCGUCUCCCGCUACCUGAGCGAAUGGAAGCACGUGCAGCGCGGCGCCACCUGGAAGACCUCCCUGCACAUGUGUGACGGGCGCUCGCCCACGCAGGACGAACUGCCCACCUGCUACAGCGGGGACGACUGGUUGGGCGUCACCCUGACCGAGUUCAUGGACUGCCCAUCCAACCUGGCCAACAACCGGCAGGUGCGCAUGCUGGCCGACCUCAGCCUGGUGGGCUGCUACAACCUGUUAUCCAUGAACGAGAGCGAGCGCAACCACAUCCUGCUGGGCAGCGCCAUGAACAACCUGAAGAACAUGGCCUUCUACGGCCUGACCGAGUUCCAGCGCAAGACGCAGUACCUGUUUGAGCGGACGUUCAGCCUGCGCUUCAUCGCCGCCUUCACGCAGAUCAACAGCACGCGCGCCGCCAACGUGGACCUGAGCGAGGCUGUGCGCCGCCGCAUCGAGGAGCUAAACUACCUGGACGUGCAGCUGUACGAGUACGCCAAGGACCUGUUCCUCCAGCGCUUCCAAUACACCCGCCAGCGGCAGCACCAGGAGGAGCGCUUGAAGAGGCGCGAGGAGCGCCGUUGGCUGCGGGAGCAGAGGGAACAGAGCAGGGACUCUCUCCCCAAACGACAGGUGGGCGGGGGAGGGGGCGGAGACGAGCUGGCCACCACCACCGAAGACUACACCAGCCAGGUGGCUCGCUGGCCCUCGUGCUCACGUCGUCACACUCUGUGGUUUUCCAUGGUGGUGGAGCCCACGUCAACACCACUGUUGGAUCAGCUAAUCUGAUGUGUUGUUCUGUUAUGAGCAUUCCGACUAUCCAAUGACAAUAUUUUCAUUAAAAUAUGAAUUUACUUCUGAUUUGAUAGUUCUGUCUCGUCACUGAGCACAGUUUUGGUCCAUUAACCGUAACCUGUGAGUGGAAUUGUUUAUGUUGUUUACGUUAGUUUGUAUCCAGUUCGUUGAUUUACUGUAAUGUAAUACUAAUCCAUGAUCCAAAUUAGGCCUGCGCUUGAACUAAAAAGCCUGCUAAAUUAAUAAUCUCUAUUGAAAGUGCUUUUUUGACCAAGAAUACGCAGCAUCUGGUAAAACUAGUCCUUUGCGUUUUAAGUAAUUGUUUGAGCUAAUAAAUUAUUAUAAUGGUGUGUGUGUAUAUACCUCCUUCUGUGUGUGUGUGUGUGUGUGUGUGUGUGUGUGUGUGUGUGUGUGUGUGUGUGUGUGUGUGUGUGUGUGUGUGUGUGUGUGUGUGUGUGUGUGUGUGUGUGUGUGUGUGUGUGUGUGUGUGUGUGUGUGUGUGUGUGUGUGUGUGUGUGUGUGCGCGCGCUCAUGUAUGUGUGUGUUUUUGUCAUCAUUGUAUAUUGGUCACAAUGCCAUUGAGCCAACACACCCACUAUGGUAAUACAUUACCUCAUCAUUUUCAAAUCAACAUUAUGGAUACAAUUACCAUGAGUGUUUUUUCACUUUUCUUUCAAAACGAUGGAAUGGGCUGUGAAAAUAUCGCCCUGACGAAAACAAUAUCUUAUUUUCAUGUAGUUGUUAUCUGCUCAAACUUACAGUAGUGUGAUGUAUAUAUUGAUGCAAAGUCUGGAAAGUCUGAAAUGAAUAUGUCAAAACCUAUGAUCUCUGUGUAAAUGAAGUGAUGAAAGUGGACCUAAAAAGGUCAUGUCACACUAGAUAUUGUACUGCCAUUCCCUAAUCCCUGUGAUAGGCCAUGUUGUGAUAGAGUGAUUUGAAUAAACUUCAACUGUCAUUCAACUUAAGUGCACAUCUUUGAAUAACAGAUAAUCUUACAUUUAUGUAUUGCAAAAUUUGUCUUAAAGGAAAGGGGUUAUAUAUCAUCACUCUGGGAAGUGGUGUUUAAGGUUAACUUUCUAAAUGUAUGAAUCUGUAUGUUUCUGGUCAAAUUAUUGUGUAUGAAAAGGGAGGUCUCGAUUCCAUUUGACGUGUCAUACUUCAUCGGCAUUUUUCUUGUCAGGUCUACAAAGCUGGGUGAAUACUCCUUCAGAUAUUAGACAUAAAUGCCUUGAUCAACCAUGGCCAACCUCUGACUGGAAUCACUUGUAUAAAACCAGAUUCAUUAGAAAUGUUAUUG